AUGGAGCCAACGCCUGCUAAACCAGUCAAAUCCCAACAUAAGAGUGGCCAAUCUACCGCGGGUCAAACGUUCAACCCCAUCGAACUGUUGUCUCCUUACCAAAACAAUUGGCGUAUCAAGGCUAGAGUAUCAUUCAAAGGUGAUAUCAGAAAGUGGUCGAAUGCGCGAGGUGAAGGCAAGUUGUUUAAUGUCAACUUUUUGGAUGAGUCUGACGAGAUCAGAGCCACCGCCUUCAAUGACGUCGCUGAACAGUUCUACAACACAUUGGAAGAGGGUAAAGUCUAUACUGUGGAACGUGCCAGAAUCCAACAAGCUAAGCCUCAGUUUUCUCACUUGACUCACCCGUACGAAUUAGCUCUCGACAAGGAUACCGUGAUCACCGAGUGUUUCGAUACAUCUGAUGUGCCCAAGCUUCACUUUAACUUCACCAAGUUGGACAAGAUUCAGGCUGCUGAGGUAAACGCUGUAGUGGAUGUUAUUGGUGUUUUGAAGACUGCAAACCCAGUGUUCCAGAUCACGGCAAAGUCAACUGGUAAGGCGUUUGAUCGCAGAAACAUCACUAUCGUGGAUGAUUCAAACUUUGCCAUUGAUAUCGGUUUGUGGAACCAAACUGCGCUCGAAUUCAACACCAGUGAGGGUUCAGUUAUCGCUUUUAAGGGUUGUAAAGUUCAAGACUUCGGAGGAAGAUCACUCACCUUGACUCACUCUGGAUCAAUGGUGGUAAAUCCUGAUACCCCGGAAGCCUAUCAACUCAAGGGUUGGUACGACAAUCAAGGAAUGAAUGAGAAUUUCAAGUCUUUGAAAGUCGAGGCCGGUCCAAAUCAGAAUUACAUCAAGAACAGAAAAACCAUUCUCGCUGCCCAGGAGGACAACCUUGGUAUGCAUGAAAAGCCUGAUUUCUUCAGUGUCAAAGCCACAAUCAGCUAUUUCAAGACGGACAACUUUUCUUAUCCAGCGUGCAGUAAUACUGUACCAGGAAACUCUCAAGCUCCUGGUCAACAAGAAAACACAUGUAACAGGAAAGUCCUCGAGCAAAGUGAUGGAUGGAGAUGUGAGAAAUGUAAUAUUACUCUCCCAGAACCCUUGCACAGAUAUAUCUUGAAUUGCUCUAUAACUGAUGAAACAGGACAGCUUUGGACAACGUUGUUCGAUCAAGAAGCCAGAAAGCUAUUUGGGAUGUCUGCUGGAGAUCUCAUAAACUUGAAGGAGAAGCAAGAUAUGAACGAAAGCAAUGAAUUUGCAGAUCUCAUGGAAUCAAUUACUAUGAAAGAGUUUAAUUUCAGAUUAAGAGCAAGACAGGAUUCUUACAAUGGCAAUGUGCGGAUCAGAUAUCAGACGAUGAGUCUCUUUGAUGUUGACUUCGUUGCUGAGUGCGAUGAAUUGUGCCAGGAACUUGAUUCUAUGUUGUAG